GGAGUUUGCAAGAUCAUGCAGCAAAAACAGAGAAGGAGAAAGUAAAUGAAGAUACAGAAGAUGCAUCGCAAGCCAAAAUCAAAUUAUUAACAUCAAAUAAUACCCAGUAUUUUAUCCAGCAUUUUGAUAACAAAUCUCUUGCUAUAAUUGAGAUAUCAAGAAAAACAGUUGUUUCUGCAUUGCCAAAAAGUAUCCAAAGUGAAAAAUUUCAAGAGUUUAUCAAAGAUCCUCAUGUUAAAUUUUAUAUUCUACUAUGGUUAAUAGAAGAGUUGUUAAUCUGUAAAAAAAUAUAUUCCACAGUACCACAAAAUUUAAUACUUGAUCUUAUUGAUAAAGUAGGAGAAUGCAUUGAAGAAGCUAUCAAAGAAAUUGACAAUUUUAAAGAUAGUAGAUGGGUUGACUUGUUUGUAGAAAUUCAAAAUCCUAAUGAUCUUUCCAGUAGCAGAGGUAUUAUGUUUGAAUCACUUUUUCUUCAUAUUUUUCAGGUUGGAAACCAAGAAUUUGAAACAAAGUGUGUACAAGAAGAACAGAAUUCAAUAAUCAAGCUAUGGUUUGUAGUACCAGAAGACAUAUAUGAUGACUUUCAAAGCCAAAAAUAUAUAACACCCAAAAAAAUUAUUGGUAAUGAUGAAGCCUAUAAAGAAGUUUCCUGCAAGUCACCUCUUCUUGAUAAUAUUGAACAAUGGGUUGUAAAAAUUAAGCUAACUCCUGGAUUAGUUUAA